GCCGCUCUAGGCCAGUGGAGGCCAAGCUGGGCUCUGUGUCGGCCCGUCUCCCCUCCGCCGCCGCCGCCGCCGCCGCCGCCGUGCCCCGAGCUGCUCGUGCUGUCACCGCCGCUCGGCUCCGCCCAAGGCCCUGUCUCGGCCAUGUCCUACGUGUUCGUGAACGACUCGUCGCAGACGAGCGUGCCGCUGCUGCAGGCCUGCAUCGACGGGGACUUCAACUACUCCAAGCGGCUGCUGGAGAGCGGCUUCGACCCCAACAUCCGGGACAGCCGGGGCCGCACCGGGCUGCACCUGGCCGCCGCCCGUGGCAAUGUGGACAUCUGCCAGCUGCUGCACAAGUUCGGCGCUGACCUGCUGGCCACGGACUACCAGGGCAACACGGCCUUGCACCUCUGCGGCCAUGUGGACACCAUCCAGUUCCUGGUCUCCAAUGGGCUCAAAAUUGACAUUUGCAACCACCAAGGCGCCACCCCCUUGGUGCUGGCGAAGCGCCGGGGAGUGAACAAGGACGUCAUCCGGCUGCUGGAGUCUCUGGAGGAGCAGGAGGUGAAGGGCUUCAACCGGGGCGCACACUCGAAGCUGGAGACCAUGCAGACGGCCGAGAGCGAGAGCGCCAUGGAGAGCCACUCCCUGCUGAACCCCGACCUGCAGCAGGGCGAGGGCGUGCUGUCCAGCUUCCGCACCACGUGGCAGGAGUUCGUGGAGGACCUGGGUUUCUGGCGGGUCCUGCUCCUGAUCUUCGUCAUCGCCCUGCUGUCCCUGGGCAUCGCCUACUACGUCAGCGGGGUGCUCCCGUUCGUGGAAAACCAGCCGGAGCUGGUGCACUGAGGGGGCCCGGAGAGGCAGCCAGGGCCGUCCGCUGCCCACCGUUUUCAGUUUUCCGUUUGUUCGUCUUGCGUUUGUACCUUCUAGAACAGGGCGUGCGUCUCCACGGAUGGCUACGCACUGCCCUUCAGUACCGCAGCCCUGAAGCCCCGAAUCUACCUCGGACUCCCCCUGAGAUCUUAGGAAAUCAGCAUGCACCCUUGUUUGAUAAAAAAAAAUAAUAAUAAAUGGGGUGCUCUAGGGGCCAGAGCUAUAGUGCAGCAGGAAUAGCCGACCUGGGGUUCAAGUCCCCAAUCCUGUAUGUUCCCCCUUGCCCCCCAGGAGGAAGGAAGCCCUGAGCACUGCAGGGCCUGAUCCAGAAACAAACACAAAAGUUGGGUCACUCGAGAGGAUCCAACUGCCGGCUGGCCCUCACCCUCUCGGACCCGUCGGCUGGAAGCACUCAAGAGAAGGGCUUGGGGUUCGCUCUGGUUUGUUUUGGCAGGAGCCCUUGUAUCUUUUUAUUUGCAUUAUCGGAGAACAGGGGGAAAUGAAACAGUCAGCUUAGAAUGUGCAAUGAGGGCUGGAGCCAUAGUACAGCGGGGAGGGCAUUUGCCUUGCACAGACCAACCCCCGGCAUCCCAUAUGGUCCCCUGAGCACCGCCAGGAGUGAUUCCUGAGUGCAGAGCUAGGAGUAACCCCUGUGCAUCACCAGGUGUGACCCGAAAGAAAAACAAAAAAAUGUGCAGUGCUUCCUUCAGUCCCUGGAGAGCAAAUCAGGAUUGUUGGAAUCAGUUUAACUUAAUUUUUUGGUGGGGGGUGGGUAGUGUUUGGACCACUCCCAACAGUGCUCAGGGGCUCUUCCUGGCUCUGUGCUCAGGAGAGACCCCUGGUGGUGCUCCAGGUUAGCCACGUGCAAAGCAAGCCUGUUGCCCCCGCCGUUAUCUCUCUGGCCCUGGCUUAAUCUUUUUUUAAGCUGCAUCACAAACCCAACAGAACUUUUGAAAAUGAGCUCUGAAGAAGAAAAAGAAAAAGAAAGAAAAUGAGCUGUUUUCUUUUUUUAAAAUAAUGACUGCUCAUAUAUUUAUUUGUUUUUAAGGUCAUUUGGGAUUCUUUUUUCUCCUUUUGUAAAGCGCUCCAUUUGUCUUUGUCAUCUGUAGAAAAGGUACUUCCGGAGUUCUCCUCUGCACUUUUCAGUCUCUCCCUGUUUAUUUCAAAGAUGGGAUUUCUCUGGAAUAGUGUUAGAAAGUGUGGUCCCUACUUCCUUCGUAGUUGGUGGCUAGUUGGGGUGAAAACAAUCCUGAGAACUGUCAUUGUGAUUCUUUGGUUGCUACGAGGUGGAAAACCCAGUUCUAUAAGCGGAUGGGGUUGACACAGUUGUGUCACGUCAUGAUGCUUUAAGCCCAGAAGCAGCCCCGCUGAUAACCCCUGAGAGACUCCUGCUGACAGCCCCCCUGGGUCAGGGCUUCUAGGGGUUGGGGGCAGACCGUCCUGAUCGCCUCGUAGGUGAGAAUGAAGAGAAGGGUCUGAGAAUUGAGACGGAGCCCCCAGCAGCAGCAAGCUUAAAGGGCUCUUUUGUUAAUAAUUCUGAUAUAUGUAGAUCAUUUGGGGGGCUAACUUUUUUAAAAAGACCGGGAACGGUCAGAAACGGUCAGAACGGUCGUGAAAACUAAUGGCUGGACUUCUCCUUGGAACCAAGGCAGCCGAGCUGCUCGCCCAUCGAACUGUUGCCAGAAAUAGAAACUAUCAUCUCAAGCAGAAUUGGUGCCUCCGUGACCCUUUUUUGCCUCUUUUUUUUUUCUCUUUUGUAUUUAUGUAUCUAGGAUGUGGCUUUACCAUUUGUAGAGCCAUUUCAAAAAUUUCUAAUUUGGCUGGCGGCCUCAGGGUCAGCGCACAAGUCUUAAUUUUAGAUCGGGGUUUGAGCAAAAUCACUCAGAGCCGGUGUCAGCACAGCCGCGAGAGUGAGCGUGCAACGGAGAACGCCCGGAUACGGAUACGCACACCCAAAGCAUGGACACGGAUAGUGCUGUGGAGUUGGCUUUGCAUCUGUUUGAGAAUCUAGACAGAGAAGCAAAGUUGGUUAACGUGUUUGUAAACACAUCACAUUCGUAACGGCUGAGCAUUCCCCCUUUAUACCCUGACUUCUUUGUAUUACAUUCCGUGUACUGCACAUGAGUAAUUCUACCAAUAAAUUUUAAUCUAUAACCUA